AUGAGUUCAGUAACCGAAUCCAAGAUCGAUGUGCUCGUGAUCGGAGCUGGGCCUUCGGGCCUCAUGCUUAUGACGUGGCUGGCUCGGCUUGGAAUCAAGGCUCGCAUCGUCGACAAGCGAUUUGAUAGAAUAAACAGCGGGCAAGCAGAUGGUCUGCAGAGUAGGACGUUCGAAAUAUUCGACUCUCUUGGAUUCGGCCAGGAUGUUUGGCGGGAAGCAAACCACAUGCUGGAGAUUCGAUUCUGGAACCCAGGUGAGAACAAGAAGCUGUACCGAUCUGACAGAAUUGUGGAUACAAUGCCUGGCCUCAGUCGUUUCCAACAGGCAACUCUACAUCAAGCACGUAUUGAGGACCAUCUGCUCAAGUACAUCGACAAGUUCAGUGGCAUUGAGGUGGAAUACGGUGUGAUGCCAGAGUCCCUUACUAUUGAUGCCGACAAGGUUGAAAGCGAUGAAUAUCCCAUCUCGGUUACUCUUCGCAGCUUACCCAGGCCGGAUGCUAAGUCUCCUCACGUUCCGGCUGAUGAGCGAGAGCCAAGGGUUCCAAACGGACUCUACAGAAGCAAUCUCACAGCGGAUAGCACAGACGAGAUCUUGCAGAAUGCGCAAGCCACCAAAGAGACACGCACGGAGAAGGUUCUGGCUAAAUAUGUGGUCGGCUGUGACGGAGCACACUCGUGGACCCGGCGGCAGAUUGGAUCCGUGAUGGAAGGUGACCAGACAGAUUACAUAUGGGGCGUGCUCGAUAUAAUUCCUAUUACGGACUUUCCCGACAUCAGGUAUCGCUGCGCCAUUCACUCGGACUCCGGCAGCAUGAUGGUCAUUCCUCGAGAGGGCAAAUAUGUCAGGCUCUACAUCCAGGUCACAGAGGUAGAUGAGAACGGUAAAGCUAUCGACCGUUUCAAGAUCACGCCGCAGACCUUAGUCCAAGCGGCCAGCAAGAUCCUCUCGCCUUACAAACUCAGCUACAAGCAUUGUCACUGGUGGACUGCAUACCGCAUCGGACAAAGAGUGGGCUCGAAAUUCAAUGCACAUGAUCGCGUCUUCCUUGCUGGCGAUGCAGUGCACACACACAGCCCGAAAGCUGGUCAAGGCAUGAAUAUCAGUAUGCAUGACACAUUCAAUCUGGGAUGGAAGCUAGCUUCUGUCGUCAAGGGAUGGGCGAAGCGAUCGCUUCUCACGACAUACACUACCGAACGGAGGCAAAUCGCAAAAGAGCUGAUCGAGUUUGAUCAAAGGUUUUCCCGCCUCUUCUCGGGCCGGCCUGCCAAGGACGUCCUGGAUGAAGGGGGCAUAGACCUGAAGACAUUCAAGCAAGUUUUUGACAAAGGCAACCUAUUCGCCAGCGGCUGCGCUGUCGACUACGGUGCAAGUAUCAUUGUAGCCAAGCACCAGGCCAUUGAAAACGCGAAUGGAACGGGAGCCGUCGCGACGAUUGGGAAGCAAGAGCUUGCUCCAAAAAUUCCCAUUGGAAUGCGCAUACCAAGUUACAAGGUUUUAAAUCAGUCAGAUGCGAGGCCAUGGCAUCUCCAAGAACUGAUGCCGAGCACUGGGGCCUGGCGAGUUGUCGUCUUCGCUGGAGAUGUUCUCAAUCCUUCCCAGUUCUCGCGGUUGUCAGCUCUUGGAAAAGCAUUGAGCUCGCCCAGUUCAUUCUUGAACCGUUACAAGCCUGAAGAGGAUGAAAGGUUGGCCUCAUUUUUCGAAAUCCUGACUGUUCAUUCUUCCCCCCGACACGAGGUUGAGCUGCUCUCGUUGCCGGACAUUUUUCACCCUUACUCAGAAGAAUAUGGCUGGGAUUAUGAAAAGGUUUUUGUAGACGACGUGUCAUACCAUGAAGGGCAUGGGCAGGCGUAUGCAAGCUAUGGCAUUGAUACUACUAGGGGCUGUGUUGUGGUCGUCCGGCCGGAUCAAUAUGUUAGCUGGAUUGGAGAGCUGGAAGAUGUGGAUGAUAUGGAGAGGUUUUUUGAAGGAAUUUUUCAGUAA